GGCCGCAUGACUCUCCCCGGCCCUUCACAAUACGAGACAGACGGACCUCCCGAGUAUACAGAACGGGAUGACACCCUAAUUAGCCCUCCCUUGUACCCACUCCGAAGGCCAAAGGCGUACAAGAUCGGGAACAAGACUACAGAGUUCCCCCUGGUAGACACCUACCAGCUGAAAUUGCACUUACGACUGCUUCGUGCGUUCCAUGAGUUGAGACUAUCGGUGCAGAAUGCGGAUCCCGCCCAACUUCCCCUCGGAGUGGAGAGACUUGACAGAAGCCAGCGGUGGGCAUGGUUUGUUCAUCUUGCCGUGGAACGGUUCGAACGCUGGGUACUAUCGCUUCCUGCAUCAGGCGCUCGUGGGUCCAGUCCAUGGGCACGAUCUCACGUCCCUCCGCUGGAUGUUCUGCUGGUGUGGCAUGCUUACAUGCUGAACCCCACAUGGUAUGCGGAAGACGGCGUGCGGUUACCUGAGAUUGCAGCCCUGCCGAGGUCUGCGAAUACUCCGCUUCAGCUCAUCUUCAAUAUCGGCGACUUGCGCAGCUUCAGACCCUCCACGGCUCGGCUGGCCUCAUGGCUCGGGAGCACCUUCACGCCUUUCGACCCUCUCGAGGCCAUGUCCGAACUCCGAGAAAAGACCGUCGCAUGUCCUCGUUGCCAAGCAGGACUCCUCGUGCCGUUCAUCCAGGACGACGGCUGCGGGUACGCCCAGCAAGGGUUCAUGGCAGUAUGCCCGUACUGCUCGCUCGCGAUCACAAAGGAGACCCUGGGCGUAGCCAAGUUCGCGCGCGACCUCGCGCGCGCGAGCGAUUCGCGCGACAGAGCUAUUGCGCGCCUACGAGGUAAUGGUGAGACUGUCGCCCCGAGGCAGUACCUCGCCGGUACGUUACACACGCCGCACCAAGUUACGGAUCUCGUGCGCGCGACGAGUGUGAAAUACGGGUUCUUGCGCGCACCGGGGGUGGUUUCGCUCAAGCUCGGAACGAUCUCCGAAGAAACCGUCCGGGCGAGGGCGAUACAAGAGAAGGCGCAAUAUUCGCUCGAUGGCUUGCAGAAGCUGCUUUCCGGAGGAUCGCAAUCUGCCGGACAGAAUCUUCGGAGGAGGAUCAUGAGCGCGUACUCUGAUGACAGGAUCUUCUCGAUUGAGCUAGUUGGCGCUGUCUUACGCCAAGAGUCCUUCAUAGACAAGAUGGUCGCCCUUGGCUGGACAGACCCGGCGUACUUCGAGUCUGAAGAGGACGGGGUUGCACUGGAUCACGCCGUUGCGCGAUAUCAUGCGUUCCUCGACUUGAUGGCAACUCCGCCGUCUAAUUUCUAUGUCCCGACAUUAGACAUCGACCUUGCGUGGCAUACCCAUCAGUUGUACGCAGACCAGUAUGCUGCAGAUUGUAAGAAAUUCGUAGGGCGAUAUAUUGACCACGAUGACAGGGUUGGAGAAACCCGUUUGUCAGUAGCGUUCGACGCAACAUGUCGAGCUUGGAAGUCCCGCUUCGGGAUUCCUUACGCGUAUUGCGGCUGCCCGCUCCCAGGUGACACCAUCGGCUCCCGCGUGUCCCUGCUUCGACACCGGACGCUGUCGAAGCUGCUCCCAUCGCAGAUACGGACAGACCUCGUGCCCCCAGCGGACAACGAGAUCCUCUGCACCGGGACGCACCCGAGCGACCACAACGCGGUGCACGUCCUAUCAGAACCGGAGUCCCAUAGGAGAACAUGGACGCAGAAGCUCGCGCAGCGCCGCGAGCGCGACAAGACGGAGGUGCAGAGGGGGAAGAUGGAUAGGCGGGUGUGGGAGCGCGGCGCGGGGCACGCGCUGCCGUUCUUGGUGGCGGUGCCGUUACUUCCGCCGGCGCCGUGUGUCGCAGCUUGCCCGAACGUGGUUCGUGACGAUCCAUGUGCGACGGCCAUGGGUGCUUGCAUGAUUGGCGCGUGCGGUGGAGGGGAAGUGCCUGUGGGGCGGGUGGAGGUGGCGGAUGUGGUGGUGGUAGUAGCUCGUGUGGAGGUCGCUGUGGAUGCGGGGGCGGGGGCGGCGGUGGUGGCGGAUGUGGAGGAGGAGGAGGUGGUGGUGGUGGUGGCGGCGGCGGCAGUUGUUGAAGCACUCCUAACGCGCAUAGGAAGACGACGAGAUGUGCGAACUCGACUUGAGACGUUUUAA